CCUCAUUCUGACAGUUCAUUGACAUUUCUCAUUAUUGUUUCUUUUAUUCUAAUUAGCCCCAGUCCCAACACAUUUCCUCUUAACAAGUAGCAGGUCUGCUAAAGUUUCCCCGUACCAAGUGCAAUGAAUCUCCAGCAUCAAUGAGGAGACCAAAAAUGAAGCGCAACUUCUGGACGAAGACAGAAGUAAAAUGCAUGCUAAGUGUCUUCAAGGAUCUGAACAUUGUUCAGCUACUCGAGCAGAAAACUUUACCCAUCAAUGAUAUCUACAAACGAGUGGAAAUCGAAAUGGGACGGCGAGGAUUUAAGAUGAAAACUGGGAAACAGAUACAGAGCAAGUGGAGCCAGAUGAAGUCGGCAUACAUUUGCAUCAAACGCAAUCACAAGGCGGAGUUUUACAAGAUGAAAGACCCGGAAUUCCGAGACGACGUGGCUGAGCUGGUGGAAGCCGAUCCAGGGAUGAAAGUGCCGAUUCCUCCGUUGUCGAUGGCGGACUGUUCAAGUCCUUGCCCAAGCGGGAGCGGUCAGGAUGACAAUACCGCUUCUUUAGAAGAACCUGAUGAGCGUAUGGAAGAUGAAAAUGAGAUAAAUCAUAGCACAGACCCAUCGGAGAUAGUUCAAUGUUUGGAGGAACCACAGGAAAUAUCAUAUGAGGCUGAGGAACCCGUGGAGCAGACGAAAAUUCACCACAAAGGAGAAGAAAGCCCGAGCAGGCAAGGUAGCUACAAAAAAUCAUUUUGGCGCUUUAUGCAGCAGUUGAAAGCUCUUGAACUCGACCUGCAAGAAGAAUUUCUGAUGAAACAGACCCGCCUCUUGGCAGAAGAACGUAAAUUGCAGGUUCAACGUGAUAAUCUCAUAAUUGCAUCGUUUGCAGCUAACACAAAUCAAAUUCUAAAGUCAACACAGGAAUUGCUCGAGAAAGGUUUCAGUCGUUGACUUCAUUUGCUUUUGAUCUAUCUCUGUAUGCAGUAUUUAUCUAUUAUUAUUUCAUUUUUACUCUUUGAUAUGAAAAUGUUGAUAAGCAAAAAGACAAAUGGCGUGUAAACACGUUUUUAGCAUUAAUGUGACGUAAACUUUCCAUUGUAGCGGAUAUUUUUAGUUAGAUUUUAAGAAAACACGAAAAAUUGCCUUGGAUAUACAUAUGUUCUAAUAUUUAGGAACCAAGUUAUUUUCUACUCAGAAAUAUAUAAAUUAUAUUAUCUA